ACAAAACAAUUAAAAAACACACCAUGGCUUUAGCCCCAGAUCCUUGCUGAAUCAGUUCUAUCCAGGAAUUUGUUUUAACCAGUUGUAUAUAAACCUAUGGUGGACUUCAUCCUACCCAGAGAGAGAUUUUUCUAUUUUUUUUUUUAUUAGCAAAAGCUCUGUGAACCCUACUUUCUAUGGCGUAAAAAUCCCCUUAGACUCUUCCUUCUAGUAAACUCUCGUGAAUGUGUUCACCAGUGUUUGUUCUCUUGCCUGGCAUGUUAGUAUUAUUAUUUUUUUUAAGUGCGGUGGCCUUUGUUUUCUUCUUUAGCAACAAGUAGUUGGAUACAGAAUUGGGGAGUCUGGCAUGUCACUGAAAAUGGUGAGAGUGGUCGAGACCAAUAAGGGAGUAGAGAUAAGGAGAAGCAGGGACUGUGCUCCGGAGCACUCUAAGACUAAAAGAUGGGGGAAGAGGAGGAAGCUGCAGAGGAUCCGGAGGCAGUGACCAGGGAGGUAGAAGGGAAACUAGAGCAAUGUCCUGGAAGCCAGGUGAAGAGCUAUCCAAGAGGGGAAAAUCAUCAACUGGGUCAGGUGUUGCUGAUGUACACCCUGAUGUAGACAGUUUGAAUCUGCCAUUUCAAAUUGGUUACCAAAGCAAUGAUUUCAUUAGUGUGCUUUCUCAACUUUAGUAACUUGUGACAGUUGUAGAGUCUCAUUAUAUCUAUGGCUAAAGUUGCGGUAUUUGGGUUACAGUUAUUUCCUGUAAUUUAUUUUUGUAUGUGUGUGUGAAUUUAUUUCAUGGUCUUUUUAAAAAAUGGCCAAGGGGGCCAUUUUGUGAAUUGGUAGUGACUUUUGAAGUAAACUAAGCAAAGUUGUCACUGAGCUCCAAGAUUCCUACACACUUGCGAUUUCCAAUAAUCGAUGCACUGUGGUCAGAGAAGGCACAUUGUAGACUGACUAAAUCAUUGUGAAAUACCCAGCUGGAAAUGGAGUGGUAAGGUAUCUAGUUAAAGUAAGUGCUUUUGAAAACCAUGCUGGUUUUCAGACAUUUUGAAGUAAUUCAGAAUGCAUCUGCCCCAUCCUGAUUAGCCGCGAAAGGUUAGAUAACACCAAAUAUCCCUUCUCCUAAGAAAAUGGCUUGCCACUUCAAGAUUACAUCUUAGUUUUUUACCCAAGGUUUGUAUUGUAUCAUUUCUCCACAUGAAACGUCUUCCUCAACUACACCUUCUCUCAGAGACUCUGAAUUGCACACUAUCCUUCCCAAAUGAGCAGAAGAAUGACAUUCUGUUAAAAAGAUGAACAGCUGGUCAUGUAGAAAUUCCCUGGAAUGUUCACUUGUCCUGCGAAGGCAGGCAGAGAAGCCAGCUGUGAGGUGCAGGGUUUGUCACUGGUACACGGAAUUGUUCAUUUUUAAACAAUCUUACUAGAAAUCUUUAUAUGAUUCAAAUACUUGCCUUUCUCCAUUAACAAUUGGAAGGCGCUGAGAACCUGCCAAAUGCAAUUCAGUGGGACUAAGGACGGUGCCGGAAUUGUCUCAUUUGCUCAGACACUGUUUCUUACGUUAAGAUUCAGGACCCUCCCGUGUUUAAAAGUUAUCCUGUGUUUUCAAUUACCUUGGGAUUCAGUUGGAAAUUUUUCGCAUGACAUAAAGGAUUUGACUCUUCCUCCCACAAGCUCAUCUCUCAUUUCUUCCCUUGUUGAAUUCUUUGUUUCAGCCAUAGGAAACUAGCUGAUGAGCUAACGCCUCCCUCCUUUCUUGGGCACAAGGAGCAGUCUUUUCCUCUUACUUUGGCCAACUCGGGUUUGUCCAUUCCUCAUUUCUUCGUGUGUUUCUUCUUUGUAUCCUCAGGGUCGAUUCACAGUUGGGUCUGUUUACUUAAUGGAUGAAUUUCCCCACCAAGAGGUUUGGUUUCGGUUUGUGCUCUAUUUUGUUUUGUUUUCCAGAAUUUCUAUAGAAUUUUUAAAAAAUGAGUGUAGUAGGAGGGAGCUACGGGCGAGUACAGCAUUACCUCCCCCAGGUCACAGAUAAGUGAGAUUGCAAAAACAGAUCUGGCCCGUUAGGCGUUCCCAAAGAGAGAGACCCGUGGAGGCCAACCGGCUGUUUGGAGCGCUAAGCUGUAUCUUAAAGUGUGAGGUGUCUCAGCCCUGGACAUUUCCCGGAUUUGUAACUGGAGUUGAGUUAAUGUUGUGAGGUGUUGCCGGCCGUACGGAUGGGUCAAGAAGGAAUCCGGAGAGCUUGUGUCCCGGGUAAAGAUUGGCUAGUGCCGGAGGUCCCGGGUCGAGAAAAGGAAGGCCAGACGUCCUGUGAAGUGAGUCCCCCUUCUCUAACCCUUCCAAACCGGACAUACGUAGCGCAAUGGCCUUGAUCGCCCUCUCUGCUCCAAGAAGAGCUAGUUAAUGACUGUGAGCAAAUAGGAGUGUGACGACAGCGUGUCCUCUGGGGCCUUUGUGCCCUGAGCUGUUUACGUAGGGUCCGGGGGACUCACACUUCCGCGGGACUCCGCGGCUCGCGAGCCUUAUCCCCAGCCUCCUCCCGCGGACACUGGCUUUGCGAGAUCUCCGGGCUCAUCGCGAAUGCCUGGGUUUGGUCCCCGAGGGCAGCGAGACAGCUUGGCAUUCCAGGCACUGUCUGGUAGCCGUACCCACCCUCGCAGCUCUAUGUUCAUUUUCUGAGGCUGUUAGCACAGAGCCCCGCCGGCCGGGAUAGGCGGGACGGAGGAUGGCCUCUCGGCGCCCUCUGGGUGUCGGCAUUCGUCGCCGGGCAGCUGGGGCGCCCAGGGCCGUCGCCCUACGCACAGACGAGGAGUUUCCGGGGCUGGAGUCCCUGCAGCCAGCGCAGGGAACAAGCGCGGAAGAGAGUGGGCGGCGGGAGGCGGAGCAAGAGAUGCGGGGGGCGUGGACGCGGCCCGCUUUGGAAAGGCCCCAAGUUAAUGAGGCGUGCGCCGGCGGCAGAGCGCCUUUGCGAGCUGGGCUUUCCCCCGCGGUGCGGGCGCCAGGAGCCGCCUUUUCCGCUGGGUGUCACUCGGGGGUGGGGGGGAUGGCCCAUUCAAAAGCGCCGCGAGGGGGCCCGGCCAGUGCCUUUCAGUGAGCGCUCGCAAGAGGACGGCAGAGGCCCGGAGGCUCGCUGCUCCGGGACCUUGUGGCGCAUCAGGACGCGGCUGCCCUCCUGCCCGGACCCCGAGCCGCCUCCGCCGCCGUCGCUCUGCUUCCUGCGCGUUAGCCUUCUCUGCGCGCUCCGGGCAGGCGGCCGCGGGAGCCGCUGGGGCGAGGACGGCGCGCGGCUGCUGCUGCUGCCCCCGGCCCGGGCGGCUGGAAGUGGAGAGGCCGAGCCGAUCGGCGCCCCUCCCUAUGCCGGGAGGAUGUUGGAGAGCAGCGGCUGCAAAGCGCUGAAGGAGGGUGUGUUGGAGAAGCGCAGCGACGGGUUGCUGCAGCUCUGGAAGAAAAAGUGCUGCAUCCUCACUGAGGAGGGGUUGCUGCUCAUCCCGCCCAAGCAGCUCCAACACCAGCAGCAGCAGCAGCAGCAACAGCAACAGCCCGGGCAGGGGCCGGCCGAACCGUCCCAACCCGGAGGGCCCGCCGUGGCCAGCCUCGAGCCGCCGGUCAAGCUCAAGGAAUUGCACUUUUCCAACAUGAAGACCGUGGACUGCGUGGAGCGCAAGGGCAAGUAUAUGUACUUCACUGUGGUGAUGGCCGAGGGCAAGGAGAUCGACUUUCGGUGCCCGCAGGACCAGGGCUGGAACGCCGAGAUCACGCUGCAGAUGGUGCAGUACAAGAACCGUCAGGCUAUCCUGGCGGUCAAGUCCACGCGGCAGAAGCAGCAGCACCUGGUCCAGCAGCAGCCCCCGCAGCCGCAGCCCCAACCCCAACCCCAGCCCCAGCCCCAGCCUCAGCCUCAGCCCCAGCCCCAGACACAAUCUCAGCCGCAGCCCCAACCCAAGCCCCAGCCCCAGCCGCUCCACCCAUAUCCGCAUCCGCACCCUCACCCGCACCCGCACCAACUACCGCACUCGCACCAACAACCGCUCUCACAACCGCUCUCGCAGCCGCACGGCCACCGGCUCCUCCGCAGCACCUCCAACUCUGCCUGAAGGGGGCAGCACCCGGGCCAGACAAGGUUUUGAGGACUUGAAGUGGGACGAACACCUGUCUAUUGUCUUCACUUGAAUCGAAAACAAAAGUCUCCCCGCCCUGCACGAGAUCGAGUAGUUUGGACCUCACCGGACUGAUAACUUGAGAUUCCUCUUAGUUUUCUGCAUACUCUUCAUCACAAUGCAGGAGACGGUUUCAGUCCAGAAGGCUUUAUUUAUGAACCUUUGAAAGGCUCUUCCAGUAUGGUGGACCUUCUAGGAGCGAUGAUGUACUGUAAUUUUAUUUUAAUGUAUUUUGAUUUAUGAUUAUUUAUUAGUUUUUUUUAAUGCUUGUUUU